AUGGUUAAUAUCUCCGACGGUCUUCUGCGCGACCUAACCCUAUUUUCCGAGUACUCUGCAGCAGCCACUUGCGAGAAAAACUUCAACUCAACCGGAGGAAAGAAAGUAACUUGUGAUCCUGGAAUAUGUCCACGUCUUGAAAGAUCUAAUACAGAAAUUCUCGCCUCAUUCCAAGGCCAAAAUCCUGGAAACACAACCGGCUUCAUCGCGCUGGAUAGGACACAUAAAAGCAUUGUUCUCGCCUUCCGUGGCAGCGAAUAUAAAGGAAACUACGAGACCGAUAUCGAUUUCCCUCAGGUGCCUGUGCCGGAUCUCUGCUCCGACUGCAUGGCGCACGAAGGUUUCCUUUACGCCUGGGGCAAUAUCUCCGCAACAGUGUUGCCCAUAAUCCAAUGUGCCUCCACAAUUUAUCCUGAUUACCGGGUUACUUUCACAGGUCACAGUCUCGGUGGCGCAUUGUCCACGCUUGGCGCACUCUUCCAGAGAAACGCAAACCACACGGUAGACCUCUACACAUUCGGUAGCCCUCAAGUCGGAAAUCACAGUCUGGCCGAAGUCAUCACCGAUUCGACCCUUGGUCUUAACUAUCGAGUCACACAUUCAGAUGACCCAGUUCCCAGAAUCUUAGCAACCUCGAAGAUUGUUACAAGACGUUGGCAGUAUAGCCAGUCCUCCCCAGAAUAUUGGAUAACUUCGAAUAACACCGCGCCUGUCAAUCCCUCCGAUAUAGAGGUUAUUGAGGGUAUCGACAACAAGACCGGAAAUCUUGGCCAAACGGGCUGCGAUUACCAAGCACAUAGUUGGUAUAUAGGGAAUAUGACUGGCUGUAGUCGCAACGGAGGAAAUUCUACGGGGAUAACCAAGUCAUUAUGUGCAUUGUGA